AUGCCAAAACAUAAUAAUGGAGUUAUUAAUAUUCAAAACAAUGAUGAAUGGUGCAUACUUGGAGCCUUGCACCUGGUCAAAGUUCAUCCAGAAAGAAAUCCACACCAGAUAUAUGCUAAUUAUGUAGAUGAGCUAAACAUGGAAGGGAUUCCAAUUCCGGUGCCAGUAUCUACUCCUGUAUACCAAAAAUUUGAAGAAAAUAAUCCAAAAAUUAGUCUUUGUGUGUAUAAAUGGUCUAAUGAAAAUAAACACCUUGAAUUCAAUUAUAUAUCUGAAAGAAGAAGCUUGGAAUUUAAGGAGGUAAAUCUUCUGGUUAUCUCAGAAUCAGAUGAAAUAGAAAAUUUGAGCUCACAUUAUUGUAUUAUUAAAGAUCUCCAUAGACUAGUUUAUAAUCAUAGUAAGCAUAAAGGAUUAAAUGAAGCGCCACAGGAGCCAAAAAUUCCAAAAUUAGAAAGGAGCAUCAAGACUUUCUAUAACCAUAAAUACAUGCAAACAAACCCCUACCGCAUAAUUUGGGAUUUCAAAUGUUUAACUACAAAAUUAACUCCAGAAGAAGAUGCUCAAUUAACCCACACUGAAAAAAUUCAGCAACAUAUACCUUGUGGAUAUAGUUAUGUAAUUAUUUGUAUGGACAGUUUUUGUAAUUAUGAAAUUAUAAGUUAUGAUUUAUAUAGAGGACCUGAUGCAUUAGAAAAAUUUGUAGAUAAAUUGGAAAUAGAGCUAGCAGAAAUUCAGACAGAUUUAUCCACACCUGCAGAAAUGGUUAUGGAACCUGGGGACUAUACAAGGCAUAGAAAGGCAACAGAAUGCUGGAUAUGCAAGAAAGAUUUCCCAAACCAGAAAAAGGUUAAGAUAAUGGUAUGUUGCCCUAAUACUAAAAAUUAUGUAGGGGCAUCUCAUAGAGAGUGUAAAAAUAAAAACAAAAUAAUUGGACCAAAAUGGUAUCAGCAAUCAAGCAUAGGAGAUAACAUAGCAUUCAAAGAGGCUAAAGAAUGCAUGUAUUGUAAAGAAAAGGAUAUGCUAGAUAUAGGGCUAUCAAAAGUCUGGGAUCAUUGUAUAUUAGUGGUAAGUAUAGAGGUCCUGCUCACAGCAAUUGCAAUAAAAAAAUUACAAAUGGGACCAUUUAAAACCAAAGUACCUCUUAUCUGUCAUAAUUUCCGUGGAUAUGAUUCUCACUUGCUUAUAGAGGUUGUUGGCAGAUUUACUUCUAAUAAGCUUAAAUGUAUUCCAGAAAAUAUAGGCAAAUAUAAAGCUAUGGAUGUAGGUCAAUUGCGAUUUUUAGAUAGCAUUCAGCAUAUGAAUAUGGGCCUUGAUAAGCUUGUUGCAUCUAUGGGUAGCAAUCUAGAAAAAUUUCCCCUAACUAUAAAGCAUUUUACCGAUAAAGGCUGUUCAUUAGACCAAAUCAAGUUUCUAUUUCAAAAAGGAGUUUUUCCAUAUGACUGGACCAAUUCUUGGGAUAAAUUCAAAAAAACAGCUCUACCACGCAGAAAGGAUUUCUAUUCUCUACUUAGCCAGCAAAACAUUAGUAAUGCAGACUAUGUCUAUGCCCAAGAAGUCUGGCAAAAAUUCGAAAUGAAAACUUUUGGCAAAUAUCAUGAUUUAUAUUUUGAAACAGAUGUACUCCUACUUGCAGAUGUUUUUAUGAAUUAUACCAUUAUGUGUUUGAAAGAUGAUGGCUUGGACCCAUCCCAUUAUGUUUCAGCCCCUGGUAUGUUUAAUGAUUCCUUAUACAAAAGUAGUGGGGCAGAAAUAAAACUUCUGAUAGACCUAGAUCAAUAUAUGUUAGUAGAGAGAGGCAUUUGUGGGGGCAUGUCUAUGUGA